ACACCAAGCAGAGCUUUGUGCAAAGUACAGUAACGUUAUGAGCAAGUCCACACUUCAGCUAUUCUUGCUAGCUCUGGUCUGUCAAUGGAUAUGAAUGCUCCUGAGCCAGAAAAAUAAUUUGGAUUUCCUAAUGCAGAGGGAUCAUAAAUCCUGGAUGGUUUGCUCCAUUGUCAUUGAAAUGACAUGAGAUAAUUCUAUAUUUAAGUCUGCAGGGGUGGGGAGUUUAUCCUUAGACACAUUCUUGUAGAGAUAGUCGUGCUUAAUGCCAUCAAGCAAGAGACAGCUAUCACUCCUGUGGGCUCUAUUCUUCUUCAGAACUGAAACCUUCACCAACCUGCUCAAGUUUUCCUCUACUCUGCUGGCAACCUAGGCAUUGGGGAAAUAUUUUUCAUCCUCAGACUGUUAAAUCAAGGUAUUUUUACUGAGCAGUUGAUGUUUUCUGGCAGACAGGAUUCCUCUGGUCUCCAUCAUGACUACCCACACCUUUUACCACCACAGAGAAGAGGAGCAGAAGGAAGAGAGACAUCGCGAUUUGCAAAUGACGUCACAGACAAGAAAGUCCAAGUUCAGGACCAGUGAAGAACAAGAAAGCUUCACAGCUCUGGAUUUGACCAUAGCAUCUGCUCUCGCACUGACAGCUGAAGAAUCAUGGGAAACAAAGGUGAGACGGGAGGCCACUAUACUAGAACUAGAGGAGAGGGGACAGAAGAGGAUUUGUUUUGGGAAUGACAUGGAAAAGCUAGAGAAGGACGUCAUCAGAAACUGCCGGCUCUUGAGGGUGAAGGCUGACAGGAUGGCUCUUCGGAGGAAGGCUGAAGCAAAGGCAUUACUGGAAAAGGAAGUGAUAGAACUGCUGUCCUGCCGGGCACCUAUGUUUUGGAUCCCGCUGCGAGCUCACUCAGUCUGGGAGAGGAUGAGUGUCAGAUUGGAAUGCACGGUUCUGGCUAAUCCUCUGCCGAAGGUAACCUGGUUUAAAAAUGGUGUUCGAAUUGAUCCCCGCAUUGCUCCAGCGGGGAAAUAUAAAAUAAAGAAUGAAUUUGGGAUGCUUACCUUGGACAUCAGGAGAUGCUCCUUGGAUGACUCUGCUGAAUACAGUGUGGAAGUGAAGAACCCAUAUGGAGAAGCCCACUCAUUUGCAACCGUGUUCGUCAGGAAAUAUUAUGGAAUGGAGUCUGGAUUUGACUCAGAAAUCUAUAAACAGAGACUCAGAGGCAUAGAAGCUGACUUUGCCAGCACACUGAAGUCCAUAUUUGCCAGAGAGAAGGAACCGUUCACCCUCUCCUGCACUUUUACUUCAGACCUGCAAGAAUACCAACAAAAUAUCUGCUGGUUCCGAGAUGGUGAGUUGCUGAAAGAUUCCAACCGCCGGCAAAUAAAAUGUGAGGACCGGGAGGCGUCCCUGACAGUAUCCUGUGCUUACAAGGAGGAUGAAGGCUUUUACAGCAUCCGCAUCCCGGCACAAGUCGGCUACAAUGAACAAAAAGCUUACGUGUUUGUUAGGGAUGCUGCAGCUGCAACAGCUGGUGCUCCUGGAUCUCCCCUCCUUGUACAGUGUCAUGACGUGAACAAAAACAGCCUCAUACUUUCGUGGGUAACUCCCAGUGAUAAUGGUGGAAGCCCAAUCAUUGGCUAUUACAUUGAAAGGUCUGCACUCAACAAUUACAGAGCUCCAUCCUUGCCCCUUCCUUUUUUUUUUAUCAACACUUGUUUGUGUGAAAUGGGCACAGAUGAAUGGGCUCCCUACAAUGACCAGCUGGUGAAAACUUGCAGGUCACCUGUUCUGGGCCUUACAGAAGGAAAGACGUACCAGUUCCGAGUGAAGGCUGUCAAUCGUGCAGGAAUCAGUAACCCUUCGAAGGCCAGCAACCCUGUGACAAUGAUAGAUCCCAAUGAGGCCAAGAGAGUGCUAAACAUUCCUUUUGAUGAUGGGAUGAGGACAAUUAUAGUUUCCAAAGAUGAACUGGAACCUGAGAUUAAGAUCCCGUUGCCACCCACUAAUGUCCAUGCCAGUGAGAUCAGAGAAGAUUAUGUGAUCCUCUCCUGGGAUGAGCCGGACCCCAGAGGCAAAGAGCCACUGAGUUACUAUGUAGAAAAGUCAAUCGCUGGCAGUGACAACUGGCAGAUGGUUAAUGUGGAUAUUCCCGUCAGUUCCACCACUUUUGCUGUCUUUGAUCUGGACAAGGGAAAGUCAUACUGUUUCCGAGUACGGUCGGUGAACAAGUACGGAGUGAGCCAGCCUUCCUUGCCCAGUGAGCCCAUCUCUCUGGGAGAAAAAAUUGCUCCACUUCCACCCCCAUCUCAGGUUCUGGCUUUCAGAGAUACCAAGACAUCUGUGGUCGUGCAAUGGAGCAAACCCAAAAAAGGAGAGGAACCGCUGGGUUAUUACAUCUAUUGCCGGGAGGUUGGGACAGAUGAAUGGCAAACGGUCAACAACAAGCCUGUCACUUGUCAUGAAUUCACCGUUCCAGGACUCAAAACUGGCAAGCAUUAUGUCUUCUGUGUCAAGUGUGUCAAUGAAGCUGGUGUAGGAGAAAGUUCCCCAGAAUCCGAUCCCAUUCGUGUGAGACAGGCAAUCUCUUGUCCAUCUGCCCCACGAGGUUUUGCCCUGCUGAACUGUGGGAAGGACACCAUGACCAUAGGCUGGAAGCCUCCGAAACGCAAAGGAGGCUCAAAAAUCCUGGGCUAUUUCUUGGACCAGCACGAUGUGUCACAGAUUGACUGGCAUGAGAUCAACAUUAAGCCCAUUGCUGAACGGGUUUAUACGGUCACCAACCUGGAUGAAGGACAGUUUUAUGAGUUCCGUGGUUAUGCAAUGAACAUAGUUGGUGUCGGGAAGGUGUCAGAGCCCAGUGAUAUUUUCCAGUGUGAGGAGUGGACAAUGCCAGAACCAGGCCCUCCUUAUGAUGUCAGAUGUACGGAAGUAAGAGACACCUCUCUGGUGCUCCAUUGGGAGCCACCUCUGUAUACUGGAGCAGGACCAGUCAGUGGUUAUUACGUGGAGGCCUGUGAGGAAGGAUCAGACACCUGGGAACAACUGAAUAAACAGCCGAUAUCCAGCACACACAUGAAGCUGAGUGACCUAGAAACUGGGAAGUGUUACAUUUUCCGAGUACGAGCUCAGAACAAGGCAGGUGUUGGUCCACCAUCACUGCCAUCAGAUCCUGUGAUAGUGAAAACUAAACCAGACAUCAAAGAAAUUGAAGUUGGGGUAGAUGAGGAAGGGUUCAUCUACUUAGCAUUUGAGGCUCCUGAGAUGGUUGACACUUCAGAGUUUAUUUGGUCCAAAGACUACGAAGGACCUCCAAAUCCUGACCGAGUUGAAAUUGUAGACAAAGAUGACAAGUCUAAAGUCAUUCUGAAAUAUGGUACUGAACGGGACCUGGGAACAUAUUCAGUAGAAGUAACUGAUACUGAUGAAGACAUUUCUGCCAGCCAUGUUUUAACUCAGGAAGAACUGGACCGACUACGAGCGAUCAGCCAUGAGAUUCGAAACCCCUUGAUCGAGCUGAUAUCUGGAUGGAACAUUGAUGUUCUGGAGAAAGGGGAGGUGCGACUUUGGCUAGAGGUCGAGAAACUCUCUCCAGAGGCAGAGCUUCAUCUGCUCUUCAACGGGAAAGAGCUCUCAAGCACCCCGACACGUAAGAUCAACUUUGACAGAGCGAACGGCCUUGUAGAGCUGAUCAUCCAGGACUUCUGCGAGGAGGACAAGGGGAUAUACACUGCCCAUCUUAAAGAUGGCAAAGCAGAAAACCAGUUUACUUUGGCGCUCACUGGGGACGAUUUUGAUAAACUUAAAGCAGAAGUUGAUGCCAAGAAGAAAGACUGGAAAAGAAAACAUGGUCCUCACUUUAUUGAACAACUGGCAUGGAAGGUCACUGAGGAUUGUGAAGUCCUGCUGACUUGCAAGGCAACAAACAUGAAGAAAGAAACUUCUUUUACAUGGCUCUUCGAUAGCAAAGCCCGCCCAGAUGGUCAGUAUGAUCCAAACACAGGAGCCGGAAUCCUACGGAUUAAAAGGAUUACCAAUGCAGAUAAAGGAGUCUACAAAGCUGUGGUUUCUGAUGACCGUGGGCAAGAUAUAACCCAACUUGAUCUUACAAAGGAAGCAUUUGACGAUAUCCUCAAGGAGCUGGCCAGGAUCAGUAUUCUUUCUGCAUCUCCUUUGAAAGUGCAGCCAACCACAGAAGGCAUCAAGAUCUACAGUGAAGUAAAAUACUACACAGAUGCCAUGAAGGUUACCUGGUACCACAAUGACAAGCGUCUGGAAGGAAGAGACCGCAUGAAAAUAGGAACAACCAUGGACCAGGUUUGGCUGCACAUCCUUGAUCCCAAGGAAUCCGACCGAGGCAAAUACACCCUGGAGCUCACUGAUGGGAAAGAGAUGCGCAAAAUGUCAACUGACCUAUCUGGGAAAGCUUUCGAUGAUGCACUCGCUGAACAUCAAAGGCUCAAGCAAGUGGCCGUUGUGGAGGAACACCGUGCCAAAGUGGUUCGGGGUCUUCCAGAUGUUGCAACCAUCAUGGAAAGCAAGACUUUGUGCUUGACCUGCAUCAUCUCUGGAGAUCCUUACCCAGAAAUCACCUGGUUCAAGAAUGAGAAAGUCAUUACCUUCAAAGAUCGGUACAAGAUGGAAGUGAAGGGGACCGUGAUCACGAUAACCAUUGAGAAUGUCAGCAGUGAGGACACUGGGAAAUUCAGCAUCCAUGUCAAGAACAAGUGGGGCUCUGAAACUGGCCGGGUGACGGUCAGCGUGUACAAGAAGGGGGAGGAGCCUAAGGAGCUGAAAGAUUAACCACCCUCCAUCUGAGCAGGGUCUUGGUGCCUAAAUCCAGUUCUAGGGGCUUUGUCUGGCCCACGGGACAUAAUCCAAAAGAAGAGGAUGGGUCUUAUUCAUUGCAAGGAAAGAUCCACCUCCCCAUCGCUUACCCCCAACACUGUCACUGCUUUCUGAGCAGAAUCAUAGGCUUACGACAUUCAGAGAGAGAAGUCAAACUCCAGCCCCAUUAGAGGAUUAGCAUCAAGUCUCUUGGCCACUUCUCAGUGUUUUUCAGUGCAUUUAAACAUACAUAUCCAUAUAGAACAGGGUUUCUCAACCGUAGCAACUUUACAAUGUGUGCACUUCAACUCCCAGGAUUCCCCAGCCAGCAAGCCUGAUAUAGAAAAUCAAGGGCCAGGGAAGAUAUAACUGUUACUGGUUUUAGCUCAACAAACCAGUGGCGAGUUCAUACAUUACACUAAGCCAGGUGGUUUUCACCAUUUUGCUGAAUAAGCCACAGUGGGAAGACUCACAUACUGUAUAGUACUAAGCUAUUCAACAGAUACACCGUAUAUUUUGGAGUGAGGAUCACGUUCUUAAAUCCAGUGGGUGGGACCAGGUCAAUCGUUAAAUUAGGCUCUAUUUCACAUAGAAUAAUAUUGAAUUAAAGUUAAAUAUACUGCAGUUAAAAUGAUUAGUUUCCAGUUACUAUUUAAUUCCCUUUACUUACAGGAAUGGUUACAACUUGGUAAUCACUUUUGGAGAACACUGGAAGUCACCCCAAGACUUCCAAGGUGUGCUGAAGCCACCAUGAAUCAUGACUUACAAACCACAAUAGUUAGGUUCAUCUCAGAUUCUAAACCAAAACCAAAUAUUUAUGUGGUUGCUGCUUGCCAUCUCAGUGUUGCAUGAACCCAGGAACUGUGAUUUACAAACCAUGGUUUAUGGCUCAGCAUUACGAGCAAACCCAACCCUUGUAGCUUAUUCAACAGAAUAUAAUUGAAACAAACCAUAGCUUAGGAUGAUGGGUGAAUGGAGUCAUGCUGGGGUGGCUUGAGGCGGCAAAUAUUCACAGACAUUUUUUCAGACUUUAAUUCAGUUAUUUCCUAGCACUACUGUAUC